AUGCCACGGAAUGGGAACACGAAAAUCCCGCUGCAAGUGCAUUUUGGGUUCUAUGUCGAGAGUUUGGGAAAUUUUAGGGCCACGGAGAUGACCUACGACAUGGAUAUGUAUCUUUACAUGAGUUGGCAGGACGACACUAUGCGACAUAAUGGUUCGGAGCACGUGUUGGUGAAUGACAAGGAUAUUUUGGAUAAGAUAUGGCUGCCCGAUUUGUAUUUUGCAAAUGCAAGGACCGCCUAUUUUCAUAAGGUCACUGUACACAACUUCAACAUGUUCAUCUCUCCACAGGGUACAGUAUCCUAUGGUACUCGUGUCACGCUGAAUUUGGCAUGUAAUUUGGAUUUGAAGGAUUAUCCGUUGGAUUAUCAAACGUGCUAUAUCAAAGUUAUUAGUUACGCCCACGUGAAACAGGAGAUGAACGUCACCUGGUUCCCCAAUGACCCGAUUCGUUUUAAUCCGGAAAUUGAUCUACCCGAAUUUCAUAUCCGCGCCCUCGACAAGGAUUACUGUAACGGAGUAUUCCUGUACACUUUGACUCACAACUCCUCUCGAGUCGGCGAGUUUUCGUGUCUACUUGGGAUGCUGAAAUUGAAAAGAGCAAUUGGAUUUCAUUUGGUGCAAAGUUACAUUCCCACUGCGUUAAUUGUGGCAAUUAGCUGGGUGUCGUUUUGGAUUGACCGACGGGCGGUACCGGCGAGAGUCAGCUUGUCAUUUACCACAUUGCUGACUUUGAGUACUCAGGGUAACGGAAUCCGCUACGCUCUUCCAGCCGUCUCUUACGCCAAGGCCAUUGACUAUUUUUAUGGAGUAUGCAUGUUGUUUAUAUUUGGUGUCUUGCUGGAAUUCGCAAUGGUCAAUAGCUAUAUGCGACGAGCCAACAAGUACAACCACAUGGCUGAGAAGAUCCAGAGCGCCUAUGGUGGGAAGCCCAUUAUUGCAGCUGACUACGAUUCCGACUACGAGGAGGGUCCCACCAAGUACUACGGUAACCUGAACAAGAACUCCGCCCACUUGAUGUACAAAGCGCUGAAAUUUUCGAGAAAAGCGUUGUCGAUUGAUAAGGCGGCACGGUUUGCGUUUCCAUGUGUAUUCGCAAUCUUCAACGUCUGCUACUGGAUGUAUUAUUUACGCGAGCCGCCGCUGAUGGACUAA